UGCUGGCAGUUUGCCGCUAGAUGCAUCGGCAGACCGCUUUUGUACCUUCGUGAUCGCAGCAUCAUGAUCAGCCAGCUCAGCUGAGGGAAGCAUCCCAUUCCAGAGGUCGCGACUGUCGUCUGUUCGCGAUGAACAUGCAAACUGCAAGUGCAACGUGAGCUACGACAAUAAAAUCCCGAUCAGCUGUUAGAGGUCACCACGCUAGGUAUUGCUCGAGACUGAAAACUUUUUAUUGGAGAGUUGAUUUCUAUCGUAAUGCCGGGCGUUUUGAUUCCAUUGGAAGUCAUGGCGACGGUGGAGAAUGAAGUUGCUGGAGAUGCCUUGGAUAGACAGCAGCAUCUCUUCCACAACACAACUGCUGUUGACAUCCCUGUCAAUGGUCCAGUCAAUCAACAUUGCACAAAACCAGAUUCGUUAACAUUACAGAAAUCUGAUGAUUAUGAGCAUGUAUCAACACCAGGAUGCUCGCCAGUGUCUUCUCCCCUUGGGAAUGGAGACAUUGAUGACUGGAUUAAUGAUGGCACACCUACUAAUGGCUCCGCCAUGAAGUAUUUUUCUCCUAUUGCAUCUGAUGAAGCCGGAGCAUGUUCAUCCUCUGAAGGCACGUACACGAUGUGUCCUCAAGCACAUCCAGAUCUUGACUGGGACGAACUAUUUGCUCUAACAGAUUACAUGGGGGUUGCUAACAAGUCUCCGUACUUCGGUAGUAAUAAUAAUAAUAGUCUUUCUCUUGUACAAAAUAACAGAAGUUUGACAUCUCCCUCGAAAGUUGAAAGUGUAAGCAGUUCGUGUAGUGAUCUUUUUGACGUAUUCAUAAAUCCAGCAGCAUACAGUGCAAGUGAUGAAAGUGAAGAGAGGUUAUCAAGUGUUGACUCGGAAUCAACACUCAGUGAAACGGACAGUGAUGCAUCAAGUUCGAGACCUAGGAAGUCGAGCAUGCGAAAGAGACCACGGACCCCACCUGGUAACCCAUCUAGAAAGUCAGUCAGGUUUGCGGACGCUCUUGGGUUAGAUCUUGAGACAGUUCGCCACAUCCUAGAAAUGGAUCCUUGUCCUUCACCUCCGAUGACAGUUUUACCCUUGGAUUCUUCUUGCCAAACCAUCUCGAAGUCCGUCCAUUUAUGUUUUGAGCAGCCUGGGGGUCGUCCAGACUUCCUUCAGAGGCUCUGUCAGCAGAACAUCUGCCUAGAGAACGCGAUGAUAUCCGACAUGACCAUCAUAGGAACCAUCAAGGUACGGAACCUGGACUUCUGUAAGGAAGUCCGUGUUCGUUAUUCCUGGGACAACUGGGCCACCCAUGCAAACAUCAUGGCAAGGUAUGUUGCAGGUUCAUGCGAUGGACCGACUGAUCGGUUUAGCUUUGGAUUCACAAUUCCUAGGAGAUACGUUGGAGUUGGUGACCAGGUAUUCUUUGCAGUAUUUUACAAGGUUGCUAGCCAAGAAUACUGGGAUAACAACAACGGAUUAAACUACAUGCUUCUGAUUGAUGAAGAGGUCAAAACCAAAGGUAACCGUUGUAGAUGAAGGAUUAACUGGCGAAGAUUUCAUUCAUUAUGAUGUUUGGAAAAACAAGUUUUGUCUCAAGGAUGAUUUUAUGAUGUCAUUAUUAUACUGAAAUAGAUUCAUUAAAGACCAUAGUAUAUCAAAGUAUAACGGUGCAAUCACUUAAGAAAUAGUUUGUGAAAAUAAAUAUGUAUGUAUUUUGGGGGAUAUUACUUUCAAUGACACUGACAAGAAAUUGCCGAGCUUUAGUGUGGUCAAAUCGUUUUCUUGCAGAUUUGUAGGGAGGUAAAUCGGAAAAGUAUUAAUAAGUAAUCACUGAGUUUGUCUGUUAAAAUCAUUCAUUUGAGAAUUAGGGAGCACCUAUAUCCAGAGUCGUGUUCAAAGUUCAUGUUUCGGCUCUUGAAAGUCUUCAUGUGCAUUUGUAUAGGGCCUUUAUUACACGCACUAAUCUUACUUUAUCAUUUAACAUCUUUUCGAUCAAAAUAUUCUGAACUAUAUACUGAACGAAGGCAUAGCCAAGUUAUUCUGCGCAAUCUGCGGCUUGAUAUUACGAUCUUUGAGAGCCUAUUUUUAAUAAUCAUAAGAUGAAUGGCAGGUUUCUGAGUUCUGACCGUUUUUAUACCAAAAAGUGUAUCAUCGUGAAGCCUGGUAAAAAUAACUUAAGAGAAAAUCAAUUUUGGUGAGGGAGGUGCUAUCUAGUACCCAAUUGUUACUCGAUGAUAUUUGUCUACAUUGUACUUCAAUCGACUACGGCAUAUUUUUUUUCCGGUCAAGGUCCCCAUAUACGGCCACCGUAGAGCAAAUGUGUAUUAUUGUGGUAUGUAAUUAUAUAGGGUGACAUUGAAUCAUAUUUUUGUAUACACUCGAAUGUCUGUAGUGGGUCGUACUGAUCGCUUCUUGCUACUGGAAAAUAACGAAGGCCCAAUUAUAGAAGCUCUUGUUGGUUUGUUUUUGUCGCAAAUAAUUCUCUAUCAAUCCAAAAUUUACAUUUAGUACUCUCACCAUCACAUCAAAUGCAUGCUUGUUGAAUAGUUAGACCUCUUCUCUGUUAUACCUACCUUACAAAUUUCAACGCGCUUUCUUGCCCCGGUUUCUUGCUGUCCCACGUCAAAUUUAUAAAGAUGAAAUCCAGGCACAUCCUUUCAAUUUCAGCAUUAUCACUUUCAUGCACGGAGAACGCGGUAAAUAAUCACUACAACUGGAUGCAAGACUAAUGCUCAAUUGAGGUCAAAUCCAGCUAGUCUUUCAUUUCAAACUGCAGUUGAGAUGACGAUUAUCCCCAAUCAUGCUAAUGUUACCCAAAACAAACCCAGAGGCCCGGUCCAGAGGUAAUCAUCUGUUUUAAACAGUUCGUUAUGUGGAGGCCUAAUCAGAUAUGGUUUUAAUUUUUCUUUUUUCAAGGCACCGCCACAUUCAUCUCUCAAAUUAAAUAUUGAAUACUUUGCAUCUUGUGUUAAUCACACAUGUACAAUUUAAUCUUUGUCGAUUGCUAUUCUUUUUCGUUUUUAGAAAAUUGUUUCAGUUUUGAAUUAAUACGUGAGAAAAUAGAAGACACGCGUAACUACUAUAUUAUACACGUAGAGAGUUAUUCUACUCCUCAUUUUUUUCAGGUCCACUGCGAAUUCCGGAAUUCACAGAACUAUAAAAAGAUAAAAGUUCUAUAAAGUAGGAACUAUAACAAAAAUGUUUUACAUUUCGCUGGUUCAAGUAAAUUGAGUACGUUAAGUUCAAAUUGUGUAGGAGUUAUCACUUUUAAAUUUGUAUGUGCAAUAAAUACUAGGCAAAAUGUAUUGAAAUCUAUUUCUAAGGUCACAGUAGAUGAAUACGUAUUAUAAGGAUGCAGGGCAUGCAUGUAUAACAGUGGACCCUAUGUAUCUGUUAAGGGUGAUUUAACACGUCAAACAAAAGAAAUUCAUGGUCAUUGGGUCUCACGAGGCCGAUUUAUUGUAUUCCUGUCAUCUGUUUACUAGUAAUGGACUUGAAAUUCAUUUGCAUUCAUUUACUAUUGCUAUGUCGAACAAGCAAUGUUUCGAGAUGACAAGAACAAAAUGUUUUAAUGAUAAAAUGUUGAUACAGUGAUAUGCAAGUGAGACAACGAUAACACUCACUCUUGUAUGAAUUAUAUGAAUUUUUUCAGAUUUAACAAUAUUAAAGAAAAAUAGUAGGUUACGCCAUCGACUACCUCAUUUAUAUCGACCUGGGCCCGGUCUCACAAAGAGGUGCGUUAGAUUCAAA